AUGGAGAGGAGGUGCACGGAAGUAAAACUGCUCUUCCCGUUGUAUUUGGCAUACACUGGCCUGCAGCUGAGUAGACUGCCACCCAAUUUUCCUGGGGACCGGCAACUCUGCAGUCAACACAAGUUUGCCUUCCUGAACAGCUGGAACCGCCAGAACUGUGACAGGCGCGCAAGAACUGAGGCUGCCUUGUUUGACUUCCACACGGCCUCUCUGAACAUUUUUCUGGAAGACAUUUAUCGCGCCACCCUUCAGUGUCUGAAGAAGAUACAGCAAGGCAGUUUCAGCCUGACGGUUGAGGACAGGCCCCCGGAGCGGCGGAGGGGGGCCAGGCCCCCCAAAGUUUCCCUCAGGCCCGUCGCCCCUGCACGCCCGCGGGGGACCGCGGAGGCAAAAGCGCCGACACCCGCCCCGCCCCGCCUCCCCCACGCCGGCCAUUGGCGGGUCCGAAAGACGCGGGGCGUUGUCGGUUUGAAUGGGAGAAACAGGAGCUGGGGCGCAGGCGCAGAGGAGGGAGCCGCGGAGGCCGGGCGGCGUUGCGGGACCCUUGCGCCGGGAGGGGUGCUCUGGGGGGCGAGGAGAGCGGCGGGCGCUCUGGCUCACGUGACCCACAGCGAGCUGGGGCGGGGGCCGCGCGCCUGCCUCCCGCGGUGCCCCUGCCUAGCGAGGCGCCCGCGGCGCGCGGACUCGCCUGGAGGAGGGGCCACGGCCACCCGUCCGUCGCCCCAGGCGGUCGCUGCUGCAGCUCCGUGGCGUCCGCCGCUCUCCCGGGACUCGCCGGCCCGCGGGAGACAGAGACCAGCCUGAACGGGGGAGCGGGAGAGACAGA